AUGGAUCCUGACCACAGCGCUAAAUACCCUCUUCAUGAGGCUGCCCGUGAGGGUAGAGAUGAAAUCGUGGAAUCUCUCCUCAACGCUAAUCCAAAGUUUGCUUUCACCAAAGAUGAUGAUGAUCGCUUGCCGAUCCAUUGGGCUGUUGCAUAUAACCGAUAUUCUAUUGUGGAGAUGCUAGUUGGCGUCAAGAAUUUCGAUCCUGAUGUCGAGGACGGUUCUAAUUGGACUCCGCUUAUGAUCGCUGCUAGUCUCAAAGCCGCUGAAGGUGACAAGAUUAUCGAUCUGCUCUUGCGCAAAGGAGCUGAUGUUAGUGUAAAAAGCUCUUCGGGACAAAAUGCCUUGCACUUUGCAAGCUCCAAAGGCAAUCUCUCGACGGUGCGAACUUUGCUGGCGAACAAAUGUAGCGCCCGAGUAAAAGACGUUCGUGGCCAGCUGCCGCUUCACCGAGCUGCAGCUGUGGGCUCUGUCCCUAUUCUUAAGGCUCUCCUGGAAGAAGGAAAAAGUCCUGUCAACGCCACUGACAACGACGGCAUGACGGCGCUACACCACGCUAUCUCCGAGGGGCAUGGCGAUGCUGCAAUUCUCCUCCUCAAAUCCGGAGCGGAGCCUGAAAAGCGAGAUGCCGACGGGAGAUUGGCGAUCGCCUUGGUCCCAGAUGACAAAGUCAAGCAGUAUAUCCUGCAAACAGCGGAACGAGAAGGAAUCGAGCUUCCCUAG